AUGCAUUUGAGGACAUGGGCGUGUACAGGGCCAACUACAUCAUGGCGGACCCGUUGCGGUGGGGCAAAAAGCUCUGGCUGCAAACUGCUGGAAAAUAAGUGCUUCAUCAAUGGCAGAACCGCCUACCCUGACGUGUUUUGCAGACAGUUCAUCAGUGGUGACACGCUGCUCUGCACGUGUGACCGUCUUUCUCUGGGGAACUGUGGGCUAACGGCUUACCAGCAGCCCCUUCCACCGGAGUAUCAGUACUUUUACAGCCCCAUAGUUGGAGGUACUUUGGAGGAUAUGGACUACUGUCUGUAUGUUAUGGGGUGUGUGGCAUCUGGGUGUACCAAAGGCGAUACUAAAACUAUCCUUGGAAGCUUCAUUAACCCGAGCUCACGGUGCGUAAAGGGGAGCGGAGGACUUCGUUUUGACAGCGAAGAGAUUGGUGAUGUGUGCGUGAACACGCAGUGCAGUGGGGGUAAGCUGAGGGUGCAGUUCCUUGGCGACGGCACGUGGCACGACUGCAAUGGGGGUGAGACGGUUGCGCCUCGGGGGGCAGAUGGCGUGAGGGUAGCAUCACGUGUCCCAAAUGCACCGACGUGUGCACAGCCUUCCUCAACACCUGGGCCCGCCCAGCACCAGUCGUUGCCCCGCUGCUGGCGGAGGAACCAAACCCUGCAGGCACUGUUGACACGGAUGGUGAAUCAGGCGGCACCAAUCGUGGACCCGGUGCUUCACUGCCAACGCAUCCAUCACACAAUACGGCGGCGCCUACGCUUCGGACUCACUUUACGGGGUUUGUGUUUUAUCUUUCUUUGUGUCUGUGUGUUUUGGUUGGCUGCACCCAUUCCGCGGACUGCGUGCGUGUGUGUCCAUACCUCUCUGUUGUUGCGUCUAGCUGCUGUUGGCACCCCUCUGCCGUCUCAUUGCAUCUCGCCGUUCCUCUUCUUCCUUGUUGGCCUCCCUCUUGUGCCGUGA